UCAAGGCUCAGAUUCCGUCCGCACAUAUUCAUUAAGAAAGUGUUUGUUUAUUUGCAGCAGUGCUUUUGCGUUUUUUUGUGUACCGUUGCUGUUUUUCUAGAUACAGACUCACUCUUUAAACAGCCUUGAAUUCUGAAUAACUGUGGAUUCGUCGCUUUGGUUCAAAAUAUGUGCUUUCAUGUAAAAUGCGGAUAUCAAGAUUCUAAGUACAGCCUACUCAAAGAAAUGUAUGCAAAAAAAGUAAAGGAAUGGCUGUUGAUCCAGUAAUGCUUUCAAACGAAUGCUCUUUACGCGCGACUGGGCAUGCUGCAGCUUCGAGGAGGAGAGUCCAAAUUAAGUUGUGAAAAUGAGUAAUGGACCACAAGAUCUCUGACCCUUUACAUAACCCACGAGUGCAAUAGGAUUUUUACUCUAUAGUCAAGUGCAAGUAUUUUGACAUGGACAAUGGAUAAUAUAAUAAUUGCAGUAAAUGGUGUUUCUUAUAACGAGGCUGCCGAGAUCUACAAGCCACACGCUGAUCCGUUCACUGGUCCAAUAACACAUCUUGCACCUUGGAAUUUCGCAGUUUUGGCUACCCUGAUGUUUGUUGUAACAUCUCUGUCUCUCUUUGAAAAUUUUACUGUUAUGUUGGCCACUUACAAGUUCAAACAGCUGAGACAGCCCCUAAAUUAUAUUAUAGUUAAUUUAUCUGUCGCUGAUUUUCUUGUGUCACUCACCGGUGGAACAAUAAGUUUUCUAACAAAUGCCAAAGGGUAUUUUUUCCUUGGAAAUUGGGCUUGCGUAUUGGAAGGUUUUGCUGUCACCUAUUUCGGGAUUGUGGCUCUGUGGUCCCUGGCAGUGCUGUCCUUCGAGCGUUUCUUUGUGAUCUGCCGGCCUCUGGGGAAUGUUCGUCUUAGGGGGAAGCAUGCGGCAAUGGGCCUGCUGUUUGUCUGGACCUUCUCCUUCAUCUGGACUAUCCCUCCUGUGUUCGGCUGGUGCAGCUACACCGUCAGCAAGAUCGGCACCACCUGCGAGCCAAACUGGUACUCCAACAACAUUUCAAAUCACACCUACAUCAUCACCUUCUUUGUGACCUGCUUCAUAAUGCCCCUGGGGGUAAUCAUCUACUGCUAUGGGAAGCUCCUACAGAAGCUGAGAAAGGUGUCCCAUGGCAGGCUGGGUAACGCCAAGAAACCGGAGCGUCAGGUGACACGCAUGGUGGUGGUGAUGAUCGUGGCUUUCAUGGUGGGCUGGACGCCCUACGCAGCCUUCUCCAUCAUUGUCACAGCCUGUCCCACCAUCUACCUGGACCCCAGACUGGCUGCUGCACCCGCUUUCUUCUCCAAGACGGCUGCAGUCUACAACCCAGUCAUCUACGUCUUCAUGAACAAACAGUUCAGGAAGUGCCUGAUUCAGCUCUUUACCGGCAAGCCUGCGCCAGAGAACAUGAAUGCAACGUCGGAGCGACUGGGAAUGACGGGGGAGAGCUGCACGGGGGGCGAGAUGUCAGCCAUAGCAGCACGCAUCCCGGUCUGCGGCAACACCCAGCCUAAGAAUGAGGAGGCAUCCCCCCGCAAGUGCAGAUCCUUCGUCCAGCUGCCUAUCCCAGAGAACAAAGUCUGCCCCAUGUAGGCCAACAGAAGACUAUCCCACCACUGAACUCUCCUCCAGUCCUCACUGCCUUUUCAUCCUCCCCUUCCAUUGCUAUGCAGAUGCAUCUUCUCUUACCCACCAACGUCUUGUGGUAUGUGUUAGUUUAAAGAUGCCAGGUGUAACCACAAGGGUUCCCUGGUUGACUUUUUAUGUAUUAGUAGACAUGGAGGGAAAUCGUAGCACAAAAGAGGGACAUUAUGCGUUCAUGUAUGGCAAGCGGCCAGAUCACCCUGACUGCCUCUAUCUGCUGAUUUUCAUCUGAGGCUAAGCAGGGUCAGGUCUGGUUGAUCUCUGGGGUAGGAGACCAGAUGCUGUUGGAAAUUGUGUUAGAGUGCCAGUAGGAGGCAUUCUUCCCUCCUCAAUAACUUAGUCCACCCUUUCUGUGGAUACUGCUCCUCAAAGGAUUCCCUUAUCCCUCAUACCACCAAUAAAUUUUACAGACAUGGAUUACCAACUGGGGUAAUUUUGACCCCAAGAAGAAACUAUUGGAAAAGCAACAAUCAUAGCAAAAUAUCAAAUUAAU